CGCGGUCAAAAGAAAAAAAGCCAUGCCCGCGCGGCUCGAACCACAGGCCCACCAAGCCACGCUUCCAGCCAGCCAGCCUCCGGCUCGAUCCGGAUCCAGCGGUGCCAAAGCAGUCCGGAUCGUGGUCCUGGCGAUCAAGCGCCUGCCUCUCGACUGACCAGGCAUCCGCCGAGCCCGACGCUGCCAGGUGAGGAUCUGCGGGACCAGAGGGUGUCGGCGAGAUCGCAGAUAUGGGGGCGUGGUGGUGCAGAUGUAAUGGCCGUCCGCAAUUGCCUCUUGCGUGGACCCUGCUCAGUGGCUCUCCUCGGCUCGCCAGCACGAUCCAGCUCUCGGCAGAUCGUCCCCAUGGCCCUGUGUCGUAGACAUGAUGAGCCCAGAGCCACAUCCAUGGAUUCCUCAGAUGCUCAGCUCAAGCUCCUCUCCUCGGCGGUGCAGCACUCGCUCCGCCACAACUUUUAUGAAAAUGCAAUCUUUCUGGCCGAAAAGCUGCGUUCGUUGGCUCCGCUGAGCAGCCAGGCGACCUAUCUCUUGGCACAGACAUACUACCAAGAUGGGCAGUUGCUAGCGGCAUACCGGCAACUGAGGAGCCAUCUCGAUGUGACUGUGAGUGCUGAGUCAUCCACAUGGUCGUGCCGGUACCUUCUUGCAAAGUGCUGCUACGAUCUUGGAAAGUACGACGAAGGGGCCGACCUGCUGGCGAAUAUUGUCGAGACGGAUGAAUCGGCAAGCAUCGACAUCCAUGACUUCAGCAUCGACAUGUGCUUCUGCCUAUACGGUCAACUGGCCAGGAAGCAACUUCAGAACGACAUCGCUCUCAAAUACUUUACCAAGGCCCUAAAGCUCAAUCCGUUUCUAUGGACAGCAUUUGAGAGUCUUGCAGAGAUAGGCUUUGAGCCCCAACUGUUCAAGAUCCACAAGGGCCUCGACGAGAGCAUCAGUGCCGAAUAUCUCAAGAGCGAGUACUUCCAGUCGCAGGUGGCCCUGCAGGCAUGCUGGAAAUCCGAAGAAAGCCAGCGGAGCCACUGCAUCGCCGAGGAGCUGGGCACCGAGAUACACAGGGAAACUGCCGAUCCUGUUGCUCAGCACCGACGGACUACGGGUGAAAAGGGAGCUGUAAAGAAAUCGCAGGCCCCCGUCCCCACCCAGAGUUUGCCUCGGCCUCUGACUCGCUCGCUGUCUCGGCAAUCCGCAGCCUCGUCCUCGCUUGUGAAUGAGCGAGAGAAGAAGCGCCCCAGAUCGACCGUGGCACAGCGAGACAACGAUCCCACAGAGCCCUCUCAUCCAGAUAAUCGUUCUAUCUUGUAUCAGCAAGCCGCAGAGGAGUUUAUGGGCAUCCUGGCACACAUGAGCACCGGGUACUAUAAACUUGCAAGAUAUCGAUGUAACGAAGCAGUCGAAUGCUUUCGGAGCAUAAGCCCCCAGAUCCAAGCCAGUGGGUGGCUCCAAUGUCAAAUUGGACGAGCAUUUUAUGAAUCUGGGAACUUCAAAGAGGCCGACGCUGUGUUUCGUCAAGUGCGUGAGAACGAGCCAUGGCGUAUGACGUGCAUGGACAUCUACUCGACGAGCUUGUGGCAGCUCAAGAAAACCGCCGAGCUCAGCUAUCUUGCCCACGAUCUGGUCUCUGUCGAUCGCAAGGCUCCCGAGGCAUGGAUCGCUGUGGCAAACUGUUUCAGCCUCAAGAGCGAGCAUGAGAUGGCAUACCGGGCACUACAGCGCGCAAUCCAGCUCGAUCCGUCCUAUCCCUACACAUACACGCUGAUGGGCCACGAGUAUUACUCGGACGGUGACUACGAACGCUCGGUCCAGUUCUACGAGAAGGCGCUCUCCCUCGAAAAGUCCUGCUACAGUGCCUGGGUCGGACUGGGCUGCAUCGCUAUCCAGCAAGAGAACCCUCAGAACGCACGAUACCACUUUGAGCGAGCCCUGCGGAUCAAUCCGUUCAAUCCGGAAAUCAACACCCACCUUGCUUUGGCUCAUGAAAAGUCCGGGAACAUGGCCGAAGCCUUAAAGUACCUCAAGCGAGCCGACAGCUGCGAACCCAAGAUUGCCACCACGGCAUUCCGGCGCGCCCGGAUUCUCUACGGCCAGGGAAAAUACAGUGAGGCUCUGGCUGAGCUUGAAGAGUCAGUCCGGAACGUUCCAAACGAGUGCAAUACCCGCUUCCUGAUGGGCAAGAUCUACAAAAAGCUCGGCGAGCCCCGCAAGGCAUUGAUGUCGUUUACCUCAGCACAAACGUACGGGAACUCAAAGUCCUCGAGCAUCAUCAAGGACGCCAUAGAGCGAGUCAAGAUGGAUGACGAGCUGAGUCCGGGUGAACUUGGCCUGUAGUAAGGAUCCACUGCUGAGCAACCUCUCGCGGUAGAUCACAGACCAGUCUCCAUUGAGUCGGCGCCGCUCCUGUGCGGCCCAUACUCUGCGGCGGAUCGAGGUGUAUAAAGAUAGCCCACGGCACUCGCACUGCAUCCGAGCAUGCUGCGGAACAAGAACGAGAGAAAAGACUUGAACAAUGCCCAGCUUUGGAUGGAAGUACUCAGGGACACACUGAAUAAACCUGUAUUUCUCAGG